AUGGCCGAAUAUGGUCGCAUAGAUCCAUUUUCUUUCGCAGCAUCUCGAGAUAUUGAAAGCCCAGUCAGCAUUCGAAUAAUUGGUAUAGAUGGAGACGAGCGUCCUACGAAGCAGUCGACACUCCUCGAGAGGCCUCAAGUCCGCCAUAUUGGCUCAAAUACGAGUUCUUCAUCCGAGCUGUAUGUCACGGUUCAAGUCUGGGCUGGCUCCAAGGCCCUGACUGUACCCAUCCAGACAUCAUAUAAACCCCCUCGUCCAGAAAUAAGAUGGAAUGAAUGGUUGCGGUUACCAAUAUCAUACAAGUCGAUUCCCGCCAACUCCCGGUUGGCUAUCACGAUAUGGGAUCUUUCACCAGACUCGAGCAAAGCCGAUCUUUGCCAUGCGACUCCAUUUGGAGGAACUACUCUUGCUCUAUUUGGCGAUGACAACCAGGUUGUUAGGGGCCGGCAAAAGUGCUACAUCCAUAAAUACAAGAAUGCUGAUGGAACUGACGAUACGACAACACCUGCGGUCGUUAGAAAAGAGCUGGAAAGGAUGGAAAGCUUAUUCAAGAAACACGAGAUGGGCGAGAUACCCCGAGUAGAUUGGCUUGACCAGAUGGUAUUCAGGGGUUUUGAAAAGAAGGGAUUACAUGCCGCCAAGCUAUCAACCAAACUACGCCAUCGAGAUCCUAUGGCGAACGGACGUGGCAACAACGUCGCGCAUGAUACUAUGGACCACUCUCGCGAAGACACGCCGGACCCUUAUGUAUGCGUGCUCAAUGUUGAACUGCCUCGCUUCGACUUUCCCGUUGUUUUUGCGGAUCAUGAAUACGAGCCUCCCCCAAUCUCAGCUCUGCAGCCACUGUCUGCCUCACAAAUUGUAGCCCAGAGGCAACCCGAGGUUCAAUUUGGUCCUGGAAUCAAGGCUAUUGGCGAGAGCUCAGCGGACUUUGGGUCUCGUCUUGUCAUGAUAUAUGAUCCUGAAGUAGGGCAGAGGGAUAACCCAGCCGAAGCGAAACACAGGCGACUCUUCCGGAGUUCUCAUCGGCACGGUAUCCUAGACCGAGAUUUAAAGCCUAACGCAAAAGUUCGUGAUGAGCUAAAUGUCAUCAUGUCAUAUCCACCAACACACAUUCUAUCUCCGGAAGAGGCAGACCUUGUUUGGAAGUUUAGAUAUCAUCUAACCAAGGACAAGCGAGGUUUGGCCAAAUUUGUCAGAUCUGUUAACUGGAACGAUCAAGGAGAAUUGAAACAAGCCGUUCAAGUUCUUAGCCGCUGGACGGAAAUUGACGUGGAUGACGCACUUGGGAUGCUGGGGCCGUCAUUCGAUAAUCCUACUCUCGUACAAGCUCUCAAGUAUGAGUACAUGUCAUCUGACUCUGGCGUGGACAACAUUCAAGAUUCACCGCUAGCACAGUUUUUGAUUCAACGUGCCGCGGCAAAUUUCAUGCUUGGCAACUAUUUUCACUGGUAUCUCAUGGUGGAAUGCGACGACUACAGCCCAGAGCAGGAUGUCCGCAAUCGAGAGAUAUACCGCAAAGUUGCGUACGAGUUUAUGACGGAACUCGUCAAGCAGCCAGAUGGUAACGAAUCUCGGAAGACGCUCCUAAGGCAGGCCGAACUCCUUGCUAUAUUGUCAAGGAUUGCAAACGACAUCAAAUUGUCGAGCGAGUCGAUCGCCAAAAAAACAGACCGAGUAAAAGCCUUUCUCGGAGACCCAAAGAAUGAGCUUAUGAGCAUUGACCCGCCCCUAGCAAUGCCCCUUGACCCUUCCAUUAAAAUUAUCGGUGUUAUACCGGACCAAGUCACGGUAUUCAAGUCAUCACUAAAUCCAAUCAAGUGUACCUUCAAAACCACAACGGGAAGCCAGUACCCUAUCAUAUUCAAGCUCGGCGAUGAUCUAAGACAGGACCAACUGGUCAUUCAAAUCAUUACCUUGAUGGACGAGUUACUCCAGAAAGAAAACCUCGAUCUGAAACUGUCACCUUAUAAAAUCCUGGCGACGAGCACGACGGCCGGUGCCUCUCAGUUUGUGCAGUCGCAGAGUUUAUCAAGCAUUGUCAACAAAUUCAAGAACAAUCCGGCCUUGGCCUACCUUAAACACCAUAACCCGGACGACAGACAGCCACUUGGCGUUCGACAGGAUACCUUGGACACAUACGUUAAAUCGUGUGCGGGGUACUGUGUUAUUACUUAUAUUCUUGGCGUUGGCGACAGGCAUCUUGAUAACCUUUUACUGGCUCCAGAUGGGCAUUUCUUCCAUGCCGACUUUGGAUAUAUCCUCGGACGUGACCCUAAACCCUUUGCUCCCCUAAUGAAGCUUUCAAAAGAGAUGGUCGAUUGUAUGGGCGGAGUGCAGUCGGAACAUUACAGACAGUUCAAGCAGUAUUGCUUUUUAGCUUACACUGCAUUACGAAAAUCAUCAAACCUCAUUCUCAAUUUGUUUAGUCUGAUGGUCCACGCCAAUAUCCCAGAUAUUCGACUUGAGCCGGACAAGGCUGUGUCGAAAGUUCGGGAGAGAUUUCAUCUUGAGAUGGGAGAGGAAGAAGCAAUCCGUUACUUUGAGAGGGUCAUUGAGGAUACUCUAACGGCGUUUGCGCCUGUUGUUAUUGACAAGUUGCAUGAGUGGGCACAGGCUCUCAGAGCUUAG